CACAGCAGGCGCCUGAGCCUGGCGUGGCGACGCUCUAGCAGUCGUUACUCAGUGGUCGACCUGCGGGCCCCGCGGCCGGUCUGCAACUGUACUGUGCUUAGGCUAAUGGGUGAGCGCCAGCUGGCUCGCGCCCUGGAGGCAUGUGAUGGCCAAGCUCCCAAAGCUCGCAGUUUUUGAUCUGGAUUACACGCUCUGGCCUUUCUGGGUGGACACACACGUAGACCCUCCGUUCCACCGGAGCAGCGAUGGAGCUAUACGAGAUAGUCGAGGUCAGAGUGUCAGGCUGUACCAGGAGGUGCCUGCUGUUCUGGACCGAUUGCAAGGCCUUGGGGUGCCGGUCGCGGCCGCUUCACGGACAGGUGAAGUAGAAGGGGCCAACCAGCUACUGGAGCUCUUCGGCCUGGUUAGAUACUUUGUUCACCGGGAAAUUUAUCCAGGAAGCAAGGUUACACAUUUCGAGAGGUUGCAUCAGAAGACUGGAGUUCCUUUCUCGCAGAUGAUCUUCUUUGAUGAUGAGAAGCGGAAUAUUGUAGACGUCACCGCACUGGGUGUUACUUGUGUGCACGUCAAGAAUGGAAUGAGUCUUCAGACCCUAACUCAAGGGUUAGAGAUGUUUGCAAAGGCCCAAGUGAGGCCCUGAAGUCCAGCCCUGUGGAUGAGCCUCAGCAGAUGCCUAAAACUGAAAGGAAAUCAAGAAGGCAUUCGUAGGUGCAUCUGUACUCUAUUAAAGUGUACCAGUGUGUGACAGAAAAGAGCUUA